GGCAUGCCUUUCUGAGCAAAAGAAGAUUCCCAGGCUGAGUCCCAGCAAGCCGCAAAGGAGCGCCCUCGAGGCCGGAGCGCGUGUGCACGGGACUUCCCAAAAGUGAUGUACUUAAGACCCUCCGCGAGGCAGGAGUCACCUCGUCCUCCUCCUCCGCAUCCGCUCGUCGUCUGCGCUCCCACUUCAUCAGAGUGUGCUUUCGUCGAGUCAUUCGACGCAUCCACUCUCGGGCUCGCGCCUCGCAGCAGGAACUACCCCCACCACCCCCACCCCCACAACGAUCACCACCCCCGCAACCAUGCCAGUCCUCACUGUCGCCGCCCAGCCUUCCGACGGGAGUACGGGGUCUAGCAACACCAGUAUCGUAGUGGGAGUUCUCAUACCCGUGAUUGGCUUGAUCCUGUUCAUCGUGUUUGGGCGCAAGUUGUGGGGACGCAUGGUGCGGCGUGUCCGGUCGUGGGCCUCCCCCUCCCCCGCUCCCAUCCCCUCCCCUACCAUGAACCAGGGCGGCGUCACCUAUCCGACCUCUACCCCGCGUCGCUGGAAGUCCUCGCGCAAGAUCAGCACAGAGGGCUCGGUCUACGGUGGCGUCCACGGCGAUCAGGCGAGCCCCCCGCCCUCCCCGGGCGCCCCCUCGCAGUACACGCGCUCGUCCUCGAUCUUCUCGGGGGCGUCCGGCGCUGGACAUGACUUCGCCGUGCUGUCUGUCCCCCCUGCCGCGCAUACCGCGUAGGCGCCUCACGUCGCGGCACCGCCCCCGUAAGGGCCGUGCAGGCGUCCCUCCACCAUGACAUGGCCACCCCCGGAUACCUUCGUCACGACAUCGCGCUAUCGGACAUCGCCCACUACAUUCAUCCAUCGUAGUUCACGAGACCGCCCAUGACCUGUAUACCCUAUUUCUCAUUUGGUUUACCCUUAUUGCUCUGUACGAUAUUUCGCUCUCCUCUGUACUUCAGGCGACGCAGGGAAGCCGCCUACCGUUGCUCAUCGCACCCCGUUAUCGCGCUACGCUCUCCUACCUGUCCUGCACUCCCCUCCCCUCCCAUUCGACCACUCCGAAACCACAUCGCGUCCACCU